UCCGUGAAAUUUUGUUUUCAGAUUUGGGACAAUGUUAGAAAAUCUGCAUAUUCGACGGAAAAGGAGGGAGUGCUUGUAUGGAUUGAAGUGGAUGUGUCUAAAUGUGCAGGAGAGUGUUUUGGCGAUGUUGAAACGGUAGCUAGCUUUAUUGAAGCCGAUAAGAAGGAACUCACGGAGGCUAUGAAUAUGUCGGUUUACUCUGCAGUCGCGAGAAAGCCAAGAAGUCGUCGCGGCUAUUUCGAAUCUACACUUCUAUUCGUCGUUGUCUGCAUAUCUGUUAUGAUUUUAGUCGCGCUUAUUUUCGUUGUCCAGCAAAGAAGCAGCAGAAAGCGAAAAGUGGUGGAAAAUGCAUCCAGUUGGAUGCCAACCCACAGAGUUCCGAUAAGUCUGAAAGCCACCAAAGAAAACAAUCGGCACCACUUAGUUGCCUUUGGAAGUGCGAAACGCAAGCGAUUUGAUCCAUCUCAAAGUACGUGUGCAACCAAAGCCGAGAAGAUAGAACCUCAGCCAUCUACACUCCAUGUCGAAGCAGCUUCCACUACGCCUAUCUCUUCUAUAUCAACUUCUGAAGGGAUAAAUCAGAGAGGCCCAUAUGGUCGAACUGCUCUCAUGGUGCUGGUCAGGAAUACUGCGAAAACGGAAGAGCAAAUAGUUGAAGAACUAGCCAAGUUACACGCUGCUGGAGCCGACCUGAACCUAUGCGAUGACUCUGCAAACUUGGAGGCAUCACCGACAAUUCGCGACAAUACUAACUCCACCUGCCUUCAUCUUGCUGCUCGUGCCUGCGCACCGUCUAUGGUGGCGGCGCUUUUGAAAGAAGAAAUGCGUUGGAGUGCUGUGGACGCUCUUGAUGACGAUAACAGGACAGCAUUGAUGCUAGUGGCGAUGUAUGACAUGGUGGACACGAAGAUUGCUGAAAUGCUAUGUGAUGCCGGAGCACAAGUGAAUUGUGAUGGAGACAACGUAUGUAAUUCGUGUAAGCGGAUGAAAAAAAUGAUUGGAAAUUAG